AUGACUCAUGACUCCAAUUCGCAAUUUUCGGUAUCUGUCGAGCGGGAGAGAAUGAAGGAGACGACACGCUUGUGGUCCUUUGGAAUCGGUCCAAUCCUCUCGUAUUGCCCAGAACCCCAGGAACCCGGACAUGCCUAUGCUCAGCAGUAUUUUCACAACCGGCAAGCCGUGAUUGCCAAUGCAUCGGGCACGCAACGACGGUACUAUCAGCAGCAGCAGCAACAGCUGCAGCAGCAGCAGCAGCAGCAACAGCUGCAGCAGCAGCAUCAGGCCUUGCAUAUCAAUGAGAGACUGGCCGAAAUCGAUCGUCGGAACGCCAUCAAGAAGCUCUCGGAGAUGCGGAUGCAGAAGAACAUGCAAACUGUGGAUAAGAACAUCGAGGCUCUGAAGGAGCUGCACGCCAGCAUACCUGCAAUCAACAAGAUAUUUGAUGUCCAGUGUCGCAUCGGAAGCGGCACAUUCAGCACCGUGUUGCUGGGGACUCUGCAGGGCGAACGGUAUCUGCUGGAGACGCAGCGCCGGAGGUUUGCCAUAAAGCACCAUAAUCCCACCAGCCACCCGGAGCGAAUUCUGCGUGAGUUGGAGUGCAUGGUUCGCAUCGGGGGCGUGGACAACGUCAUUGGCAUUAACUGCUGCAUCCGAAGCAAUGACAAUGUGGCCUUUGUCAUGCCCUACAUGACCCACGAUCGGUUCCAUGACAUCUACAAGGUGUUGAGCGUCCAGGAAGUCCGGGACUACAUGAGGAACUUACUGAUCGCCCUGCGACACGUUCACAAGUUCAACGUCAUCCAUCGGGACGUGAAGCCGAGUAAUAUUCUGUUUAAUCGUCGCACCGGCAAGUUUCUUCUAUGUGACUUUGGCUUGGCCCAGAGGAUCGCCGAAGAUGGUUCGGUUAUCCAGGCGAAUGACUUUGGGGCCUUCUCCUUUCUGAAAGACUUAGAUGCGGUGAGAAACAUCAUGUUGCAGGACGGCAACUCGGCUCAGGCCGAGGCGGAGGAUUACAUGGCGAAUCGGAAGAUGAGGGCUCUGGGCGGCGGUGGCGGGGUGGAUCAUCCGCUAAAGGGACCGCCCAGCUUCCUGAAAUUCCGCGAGCCGCUGACCAAGAAGGACCUGGCCAACCAAAAAGCGGAUACGCUCAAGUUGCUCAAUCGCUUGCGAUUCAUGAGUCCCCAGACAAAUCCCGAUAACUAUGUAGUGCCCUCGGUGUCGGUGAAGAAGGAGAUGCACGCAUCGCGCGCCGGCACCCCAGGGUACAGGCCACCCGAGGUCCUGCUGAGACAUCCGCAUCAAACCACCGCCGUGGAUGUGUGGGCCUCGGGGGUCAUUAUGAUAUCGAUGCUCUCGGCCCUUCAUCCGUUCUUCAAGGCUCCCAACGACUGCAGCGCGCUGGCGGAGAUCAUGAACCUCAUCGGCGACAUUCCGGUGCGAAAGGUGGCCUUUAUGAUGGAUCGUUUGGUACUGCUGACGCAGAAGCGGAAUCCCCUGGACUUGAGGAGGGUCUGCAUGCGACUUCGCUACGGUGACUACUUCCUGGCUCCCGAGAUGCAGCGGCGGCAUCGAAGAGCAGAUGGCAGUACCGAGAUGUGCCGGGGCUGCGAUCAGCCGACCUUCAACUGCCUCUGCCGGAACAGUGCUCACAAGCUGGAGUUGUACGACGGGCUGGACAUAUUUCCAUCAAAUGCCUAUGACCUGCUCUCCCGCCUGCUGGAGGUCAACCCGGAGAAGCGAAUCACCGCCGAGGAGGCGCUGAAGCAUCCGUUCUUCAGCGAUCAGCAGAGAAUUGCCUCGGGCGUCCCUCUGCAUCAGCAGCAUCAGGUGGUGGCCAGGGAAUCGAUGCCUGUGAUGGCUCCCAGGACCCUCAAGCCCUUCGUAUCAUAUCCCGUGGAGCUUGCCUCUACGACCAAUAUCUGAUUUAUUUGUAAUUAUUAUACGCAUUCCCCUGGCUUCCGUUCAUUUA